GCCUCCCCAGGAGCUGUCUGUCUUGGUUGCAGGCGAUGGAGCCGCGGGGCCCGGGGAAGCCGGUCUCCCAGCGGAGGGCCCGGUCCUGGGACAGAGGGCAGAAGCCCCGGAAGGACCCCGCGUCCCCGGAGGGCCAGUGCCUGGCCCUGCCCGCCACGCCCCCCCGGCCGGCGCCGGCGGGGAGGGCCCGCCCCGGCGGCCGGCACCCCGAGGGCACCGGGUCCGAGGAGGCCCCGGGCGUCGAGGCCCUCACCCCGGAGGCGGAGGCGGCCCGGGAGGCCCUCCUCUGCGAGCAGCGGCCCCCGCGGGACAAGAAGGACAAGGGCCGGGGCCAGCAGGGCUGGCUGAAGACGGUGCUCAGCUUCUUCCAGCGGCCCAGCCCCGAGGAGGCCAAGGCCAAGGCCGCGCCCCGGAAGAAGGCGGACAGGAGGGCCCGCAGGAAGCACAGCCACGGGAAGCACGGCGACGAGGACAGCCCCGGGGCCCCAGGCCCGGAAGCUGGAGGCCGGGAGGCGGCUGCUGCCUGGCACCCGCAGGAGGCCCACCGGGGCCCAGGACCCAGGGGCGGCAAGGACGCUGACCCCCAGCACUCCGUGCCCAUCGGAGGCCGCGACGCGGGGGCCUCGGAGCCUUCUUCCCAGGCCCCGGGCCGCUGGACGGAGGAGGCGCUGCAGAAGCUUGACCACGAAACGAUCAUCCAGAUGAUAGUGCAGCUGCUCCAGGAAGUGGGAGACAAGUGGGAUGACGAGGUCAAGGAGCUUCUCCCGUGCCCCCUGCAACUUCAAGCCGAGGGUCCACAAAACCCAGCCCCCGCCGCCAGGAAGAAAUCCCAGGAGAGGAAGUCCAGCCUCAGGAGGUCCUCUUCUCACAAGAAGCCUGGCCCCGAGGAGCCGCGGAGAGCGGGGGCCGGAGACGCGCCCAGCCCUGAUCCCCGGCCGCCCAAGCGGCCCAGCUUCCUGUACCUGUGCGUCGGCGGGGGCCACCGCGCCUCCAUCUCCAGCAGCGUCGACUCGGAAGAACCUGAAGUCCAAGAGGCGGAGUCUGCGGAGUGUGGGGGUCCGAGUCCCUUCGAGCUUUCCCCCCACGCCCACGCCGGAAGCUGGGAGCCCAGAGAGGAUGACAAAGCCUCGGAGUGCAGAGAAUUUGUCCAGAAGAUCAUCGCCCUCCUCCAAGAGGCAGAGGAGCAGGAGGCAGAGAAGCAGCCCCAGGUCCCGGAGCCAGAGGCGGCCUCAGGAAGCCCGGCCCCGCCCUGCAGGAAGAAGUCCCAGGAGAAGAAGUCGAGCUUCCGAAAAGCCUUUUCCCAUAAGAAGCACAGCUCCAAGGAGCCCAAGAGGGCGGCGGCUGCGGGUGCGGCCAGCCCGGGGCCCCCGCGGCCCAGGCGGCCCACCUACCUGGGCCUGUGCGUCGGGGGCCACCGGCCCCCCGUCUCCAGCGGCGUCGAUCCGGAGGACUCUGAGUCCCGGGAGCCCUCGCCUGCGGAAGGGGGACGAGUUGGAUCCUCAGAAUCGCCCUCCCAGGCCGGAAGCCAGGAGCCAGAAGGGAGACCUCUGCCGGACGGAGCGUGUGAAUCCAAGGAGCUGGUCAUCCAGCAGCUGGUGGCGCUCCUCCCCGGAGUGGACGGCCAUUUGGGGGAGCAGAUCAGGCGACACCCCAGCCUUAAGAAGUUUCUCUACCAGCUCCCCGACUCGUCCCUCCGAAAGCUGGCGGGCACCCUGCACAGACGAAGCGCCGGCUGCCCCGCGCUCCGCAGGGGCCUGGCGGAAAGGCCCUACCAGUUUGCCUUCGACUUGGCCAACAAAUUUGCUGGCAGCAACGGUCACACCACCCUCAGACUGAUGGGCCUGCGCUACCCCCAGCGCCUGCACACCGAGGCCCCGCAGAACUUCCCAAGUCCCAACCCCCUAAGUCCAGACUGAAAGCUGUGCCUUGCACUCAGGCGCCCUUGAACUAGCCAAACAGUGGGUGGCUUUACAGGAGACCCUGAAGAUGCUCCAGGAUUGUCCCGCUCUGCUGCUUCCCAGACAUGACUGCAGACAGAGGACAGCCCCUCCGUGUCCUCACAUCGCCAUGGGCUUCAGACUGAGAACGAGAGGCAGACACACCGCGCGGGGAGAAACAGGAGACGCUGGACUGGGAGCUAGGAGACGCUUCAAACUUGCUGCAAGGCCCCGCAUGUCCCUGACCUCGCAGACCUUGGGUUCCGGGUGGAGGUGGCCCACUGUGUCCCUUCUGGUUCUGGGUUCCGAGACCUGUCUAAAGAGGGGUGGUGAGUGCUUUUACGCUGCGGCUAAACGUAGCCUCUCCACUGAGCUGGAGGCACUCGCCAAGGGAAUGAAUGAAUGAAUGAAUGAACGGACAAAAAGGCAGAGAACUCCUAAGAUCCAGGCAGCUUGUCGGGCAUUCCUGGAGGCCUUGCUCUUCAGCUGGAAUUGUACAACCAGCGGAUCUGUCUCUAUGCCUUGGGGGGUGGGGGGUAUGGGGGAGCCACCUCGACAAGCACCGGACUGGAGUCUGCAUUCUGGGGACAACCCUGGUGCCGACUUGUGCCCCGGAGUGUCUCCUGGUUUUCACUUUCAUUUAAGAGUUACCAAGUCCUUAAUCUUAUUAUUAUUAUUAUUAUUUUUCCCCCCCGACAUGUAUUUUAUUGAUCCACAGAACUAAAAGUAUGGCCACUAUCAUCUAGGACACCCGCUGACAUUUUUUCAGAUGUUAGCUCUAAAUGGGCCUUAAUUUCCAAAGUACAUUUACCCUCUCACCAGAACGUCCGCAUGCAAUUAGACAGAUGUGCCUCUAUGUGCAACACACAGUUCAUUCAGCUGACAGGGCCCACAGGGACUGGCAGACGCCACCCAGGAGCUCUGAGGCCAGAGAGGGAAGCUCUGUGCCCUGGGGAUUGCUGGUCUGACCUGCCAGCCCAUGCCCUGUAAUGCUGUGGGCAGAGCAAGGAGGCCGGCUCCUGGCAGUUCUCUCGUCUCACGGGCGCUCACCGAGGGUGAGAGAGAAGUAAAUACGGAGGAUCUGAGGGUGACACAGUGCCUUGUCCGCUAUGUCAUCUUCAGAUGUCGCUGUGAUAGCCAUGGUGCGGCAGUUUGCAGGAGACAGGCCGGUUCCAGCUGGCUCACCGUGGUCUGCAGGGCACCUGCCUGCCCAGGGGCACCGGGCCCAGAACUGCUAGCCCCCUCCGGGCACUGUGCAUUUGUGGAUCCCGGAGGACAGUUUUCCAGCCCCCCAGGGCCUUGUUUUUGUCCAAAGGUGAAGUGUGGGCCGUCAGGGGCUCUGCCUUCUACACAACUGGGCCGUUUCAACAGCGUGGCCACGUGCCAUCGCCUGCCUGGCUGCCCGCAGGGCUGUGACCAUAGCCUGGUCAGCGCCCGGAGCACCGGCCACGGCCACGGGGAGGGCUGCCAACACCUGGAUGGCACACUCAGUCCUGUCGAUCCUGAGCCCCGGGGGUGGGGCUGGGGUGAGAGGCCCCGGGCAGAGAGGCCGUGGUGUUCAGAUGGGACUGACCCCAAAGCUGAGGCAAAGUUUAGGAACCGCAACUAAUCACACUCUGGAAGUCAUUUCUUGUUACUGCUGCUAAGAAGGGGUGGGGGGCAGGGUGGUGAGCUAUUUAUGGGGUUAUGUUAGGUGGUGCGGAGGAUACAGCACCACACGUGAAGGAUGGGAAUCCGUUUUAAGUGGGGGUCAGGAACCUCCCAUUCGUAGUUUCUUAUCUGUAAGCUGUAUGAGCAUUUGGUAUGAGCUCCCGAUGCUGGCAUCUGACUCAUUUUUGUACUGUGUCAUUUGGACAAAUAAAGAAACAACUU